UGGGCUUCCGGAAGUGCCAUCUGUAAGUAAAUCGUGCAACGCACGAGACGACCUCACGCGCAUACAGGGGCGAACGUCGGACACAUAAGCACGACUCCACUAUGACGUUUGUCCACCUGCUAUGCGUGACGUCACUGUACAUGAUGUCACUAUGGGACGUGGUCCAGACAGUCAGAAUACAUUCCUACAAUGUCGCCCUCCUUAAUCUUAUUGACCACUACGAGGAUCGGGAUCCAUACGUCAUCCGGGCACUGCAAAACAGGGAUUAUGACGUCAUGUGUCUGCAAGAGGUGUGGUACGGAAGUGACGUUGACAGGAUGCGGAAGACAUUGGGCAGUAGUAUCUCCGUGUUCACAGCGCCCUUGUACCAGGAAACAAUGCUAUGGGGCUGGGUAAAUGCUCCUCCGUGUCACAAAGCGGCGAAGACUGUCGCCUGUAUAUUCUUACACUGUGCGUCAUUGACGAGCUUGGCCGCCCUUACGAGUUGUUCUGUUAGUUGUGGAAUGAUGACAGAAAGUCAGGCAUGUAUUUCCUGUCUCACCGUUUCCGGUAAGGGGGCGCUUCGGUGCUUUGACUACUUGAAGCGUGAAGCGAUGAAUGUCCCUGGGGUCGUCCUUCUGAGCAAGAGGAAAGUGAACUCCGUCAAAUCCGUCUUCUUCGAACCGAACGUGAAACAGAUCUUACGACGAGCAUAUAUCGAGGCCGAGAUUGAAGGCGUCGGGACAGUCAUAUGCAGUCAUACUGCCUCCAAUAUUGGCGAAGAAUAUUAUGAACCAAACCUCCGAGACGUUUACUCAAGUUGGGAGGAACAGAAUCUCGCGGAUUCUCGUAAGCUAACGGAAGCAGCGCGCCUGUCUAACAAGCCUCUGAUAAUGGGAGACCUUAAUACGAGUCCCGGAAUACCAGUCCAUAAUGUGACGGCGGAUUUCGUGGGUGCCUACAACCAUUUCUUGUCUGAGGGAUUCGCUUCGCCGUAUGUUGCCAUGGUCGGAAGAUGCACAUACUGUCUUCAGAAUCCUCUCAUGCAUGGCUGGAACCACAGUCACGUGCUCGAUCACGUGUUUGUGCGAGAUCACACGGUCAUCAGUGCUAGGAGGUUAUUUGUCGAAAACAUCCUUGAUGAAAAUUUCCCGAUGUCGGACCAUUAUGGUAUUGAGGUGGAAGUUGGAAAUUAAAGACCUCUGAAAAAGGGGGCCAAUUUGAGUACGUUCCUGAUGAAAACGAGGCUGGAUUUUUGGUGCAAAACUUCCACUGAAAAUGAGGCUUGUCGUUAUGGAGACGCUUCUGCUGAAAAUGAGGCUGGUUGUUUACUGGGGGCACAUCUAAUGAAAACGAGGCUUGCAAUGGGUGCACGUAACUGUAAACAAAGCUUUUUGUCAUGUGACAAUUUCACUGAGAACGAAACUUGUUGUCAUGGGGAUACUUAACAUAAAAAUGCGGCUUGUUGUUUUUGGAACUCUCCAAUUGAAGAUGAAAUCAUGUACAACUAUAAAAAAAACAAGAUUUAUAGAUGUUUAUUUUUUGUACCUAUAUACAUAUUUAUUUAUUUGUAUAUUUAUAAUUGUCUUUAUAGACACACAUAUCUUAUGAUUAACAAUAAGAUUGAAAUAAAAAAACGGAUUAUAGCAGCACUAAAG